UCAAGGAACUCGUCAAUUCAUGCCAACUUUGAUCAUGUUCACGCAGCCAGCUUACAUGUCUAGUACUGUUAUAAAGCCUGACUAGGCUCACUAGGCUCAUGUCGCUCACUAUUUUCUCUCUAAAUCCUUCAUCAUGUUAAACAUUGGCGAACAUGUUUUGGCACUGGAAGUUGUCACCGUCACGAACUUUCCCAUUCCAUCUACUCGCAUGCCUACUGGGCAUUACGUCCAUGUGUCUACAUCCAAUGGUCAAUGGGACACCACCAUCAAGACAGCAAUGGCCGACUGCAGCAUUUCUUGGAAUGAGACCCUCACUAUCCUUGGGCCCCCUCUGAUGUUUCCCCCAUGUCUCAUGUCCAUCUUUUUCGCCAAAUCAAACACAAUCCACCUCGAAAUUCGCGCAUUAUAUGAGCUUGAACCAAGUGAGCUUGUGGGUGCAUUUAAGACGACUUUCGGACAAGUACUCGUAAGCGACAGAGAGUCCAUAUUAUGUUCGGCUAUUGAUGAUCGACGUAUGUCUCUUACGUUGAAAGCGCAGCGUAUAAAAACAACGCAGCCUGUUGGUCAUGCUGUGGGCGGUACUGCUGAGAGCGUUGCAACUGAUCAACCUGUGCACCUCCCGAUCAUCGAAAUAACAGAACAACCAUCACCUUCACUGUCUCCACACGUGUCAUCGGGCAAUGUCAAGACGUCCCCGUGGGGAAGAAACAUCGUCAUCUUCGGCGAAAGCGGCGCAGGCAAGAGUUCAAUCAUCAACACAAUCGCGCGGGAACAGCUCGCGGAGACAUCUAAUGACACAACUGGGUGCACUUCAGGCCACAAACGUUACCCAGUAACAAUUUCCGGCCAGAGAUUCGUCCUGUUUGAUACUGCGGGUCUUGGAGAAGGGCCUGCAGGCACAGUGCCGGAUGCAGAGGCGAAAAGACAGCUGAAGAGCUUGCUGCGUCACCUCAUGAGCUCUAGGUCGCCGUCAGAUGGCAUUGACCUUCUGGUGUAUUGCGUGUCGUCCAAAAUGACUACCCUUCCUGCCAUCGUUCGGGCUUACGAGACGUUUUACUCCAGGGUCUGCAGGAAGAAGGUCCCGAUCGUCAUCGUCGUGACAGGAUUGGAGAACGAGCCAGACAUGGAGAGCUGGUGGGAUACAAACAAGGGUAAAUUUAAGAGCAUGCAUUUCACAGGCCAUGCUUGCAUCACGGCGCUUCAGGAAUACCCAGACAUCCCGGACGACUUCACUCGUCGCAUUGCAGAGUCGAGCGAGAUUCUACGCAAUCUUCUUGUCAACAAUUGCUCACAUUGGGCUGUCGAUGACAGUUGGUCUAAUCGUAUUGCAGGAUUGUGGUGCGCUUUGUCGUCGUCGUAGUUGAAGGAUUAAAUCUACCACAACGUGUAUCUUGCUUUCCUUUUCAUGCAUGGUUCAGUGUCACUCCUUCACGUUUAUUUUGGUUCGCCGUCUCUACACCACCCCAUCCUUUUAUUCCUCUCCCUUGGACACGGAAUCACCUCUCUGUGGUUCUUUGCAUCAGUGGAUCAGUUCUUGCUGACAUUAUUAUUCCAAUGUAACAACAUCUGUCCUUUUGUAUUAUUAGAUGUUACGAUGUGUUACGAUAUAUGAUGAUAUAUGAUAUUAAUAUCUUGUCA